AUGGAGCCCGGGCAGCAGCCAACAACAACCUGCACCGUCGUGCCUUGGAAGCACAUCACCAUGUCCACCGCUGUAUGGCCGCCCAUCGAUGAUGCCCGCCUCGCUGAUCAGCAGGCGGCGUCGCAAGCGCGAGAGCUUGAAUGGCUGCUUGUGCAGCUCCGUGAGACGCUGCAGUCGCUCAAGGCAGGCCUGGAAGAGUGCGCUGCUCUGCUUGCGCCUUCAGAAAACGGCUCGACACUUGUGCUGACUUCGGUGCGCUCCGAGAGUCUCAAGGGCCUCAUUACGCGCAUUGGCACGCGCAUCACCAAAGGCAAUGUCAAGCUCCGUCUGGCAAGCCUCCCACCACCCAAAGGCUCUCUGACCUACGACCUCGCCAUAUCCUCUGCACCGCACGCGCCUACACUCGUCGUGCCCCAGCUUACUGCAAUCCGAACGUCCAUCAACAGCUGCCUCGACGUCAUCGACGUGGCUACUUGGGGAGGCGAUGCUACCAACGCCAAUUUUGUCUCUGGCCAACUGCAGCUGCUACACGACCAUAUCCUCGAGGCGCAAGCGGCAUUAAAAGGCUACUCAGACGUGCAGCCGCCGUGGUGGGAGAAUCCUGUAGAUGACAAGACCUUCGAUCCUCCACUGCCAGCGAACGUGUCUUUCCAUCUGUUCGUCUUCGAUGCCGCCCUUGUGCUCGAAAUCCGCACUCUCGAACCGCAUAAUGCUGGGGACAGCACAUCGCUCACCGGCUUCAGCAUUCGCAACACCUUUGCAUCCGCGCUCGGCGGUGCAAGAGCACCUGCACACGACGAAGCCGAUCGUACAUUCAAAUACAAGGACCACGACGUUCGCGUCAAAGAGAAGAUCCGGGUAGAGAGCCAAGACCCCGCUCUAAUCUCCGCCUCAGCAAAACUCAACGCUCUUGGACACAGUGUAAUGUUGAGCCGAAAAGCGCUCAAUAUUCAGUCAAUUGCACCAUCGACCAUUGGGCGGGACCACCACUCACAUGUCGCCUUUUUCCGCGGGGAUGCCCUUAUUGUUGCAAUUUAUUCUACAUCACACUUCAACAUGGCUCCAGCACUUCUUACCGCGGUUGACGCCACAUCCCACAUCCACCUUGUAGUAGGGUCCAACCCACUUGCAGGCGCACGAUGCGCACGAUCAAUAGAGGUCGGUGCGAAACCGGUACUGCUUGCGCCCGAGGACUCCACACUUCACUAUGGUCUCGUCAAGCGCAUUGAAGCGGGCGAGGUAAAAUGGCUAAAGCGAAGUUUCGUCGAGGAGGACUUGACCACACUUGGAAGACCAGAGGUAGACGGCGUAGUGGAUGCCGUGUUUGUUACCGCCGGCGGUAAGCAUACAUCAGCGACCCACAUCUCAAGUCUUUGCCGGAGACUACGCAUACCAGUCAAUGUCGCCGAUGCACCGAAUCUCUGCUCCUUCACCCUCCUCUCAACGCAUUCGGAUGGUCCUCUACAGAUUGGUAUCACAACAUCUGGAAAGGGAUGCAAACUUUCUGCAAGAAUACGGAGGGAGAUUGCGGCGUCGCUCCCACCGCGCCUGGGUGAUGCGGUUGAAAGGCUGGGGACACUGCGGAGACGCAUAUGGGAGGAAGAUCAUGCAGCGGAACUAUCGCAAGACCUAGAAGCAGAGGAAGAGGACAGUGGCCAGCCAGCGACAUUCAACAAAUUGAUCCUGGAAGAAAGCAAAGAAGCAGCACGGGGACGUCGCAUGCGCUGGCUAUCACAGAUAUGCGAAUACUGGCCUCUACGCCGUCUUGCGGGUAUUACGGAUGCAGACGUCGAUAUGUUGUUCCGCGAAUUCGCCAGCAGUAGCCCCUCGAAAGUCGGACCCACUGCCACCACUCCUGGAAGACGUGCAGGCCGUAUUAUCCUCGCAGGCUCUGGUCCUGGCAAUCCCGACCUUCUUACCCGCGCAGCCCACAAAGCCAUUCUCUCUGCCGAUCUGAUUCUCGCUGACAAACUCGUCCCCGCACCCAUUCUCGACCUCGUUCCCCGCCGCGCAACCGUCCACAUCGCACGAAAGUUCCCCGGGAAUGCAGAUAAAGCCCAGGAAGAGCUCUUGGAGCUAGGUCUGGAAGGACUCAAGGCCGGCAAAGUCGUAGUUCGGAUAAAGCAAGGCGACCCAUACAUCUACGGUCGUGGUGGCGAAGAGUACGAUUUCUUCCGCGCGCAUGGUUUCAUACCCAGUGUCCUACCUGGUAUUACAAGUGCCCUAAGCGCACCCCUCUUCGCUGCGAUACCUGCCACACACCGUGGCAUCGCAGACCAAGUGCUCGUUUGCACUGGCACAGGUAGAAAAGGCGCGCCCCUCGACCCACCAGAAUUCGUAGCUUCCCGCACACUCGUCCUUCUCAUGUCGCUUCACCGUCUAUCCGCACUAGUCGAAAGUCUAGUCGGCAAAGGGUACCCUGCAGAAUUGCCCGUCGCGGUACUGGAACGAGCUUCAUGUCCGGAUCAAAGAGUCAUUAGAACGACUCUGGAACAUGUUUGCGCUGCUGUAGAAGAGGAGGGCAGCAGACCUCCUGGACUCUUGGUUGUGGGUAACGCGUGUAAAGUGCUUAUGAAGUAUGAACAAAGAUGGGUUGUCGAGGAAGGGUUCCAUGGACUGGACAAUUUGGGUGGGGAUGGCGAAUUGGAGAUCAGUAGACUUACUGAGGCGGCUAUUGCCGCGUAG